AUGGCAUUAAUAAUAUUUUUAUUUAAAGUUGCUGAUCUUGAAAUAGGAAACACGAUAUCUGAUGUAAUUGAUGAAUAUCAAAAGCAAACAACACAAGUAAUUGUUGAUGAUAGUACAAUAUUACUUUGUACUAAAGUUAUAUUUCGAGGAAUUAAUCUUUGGUCAAACAAUGUUCCUGUACAAAAUGGAACUGCAAAUUUCGUGGCACGCGGGAAAAAACCACAUAGAUUUAAUUUUAAUUUAGCUACUAUGUUAUUACCUGAUGAUAAAAUACGUAUGGAAUUUUAUACAGUAACUGUGAACAGAAAACAUAAGAAAAUGAUUGCGAUUUAUGAAUUAAUACUUGAAUCAUUAAUGGAUUCUAAAUAUAUUUAUUUAUCUCAAGAAAAUUUAUCGGAUUCAAAGAAUUAUAUAAUAAAAUCGACUGUACAACUUAAAAUUUAUUAUAUUACUCCAAGUAUUGACAAAGAAACAAUUGCAUUAGGUGAAACUGAAACUGUUAAUCUAGUUGACUCAAUCGAUUGGAUGAGUUCUCUCAAUGAUGAAGAUCGGCAUGGUGGCCAUCGACAUCGACAUAUUAAUUCAAAAGGUGAACGUAGACUUAAAAAGCUUCAAGUAAAGUUCGUUGGCCAUAAAGAUGAUGCUGAUUCAGAUUCGCUUAGUGAUUCAAAUUUCAAUGUUAAUCAAAAUUCUAAUGAAACAUCUUUACCACUGACUGAAGAUGAAAAAAUAAAAGUUCAAUAUCAUAAUCUUGAAUUACUCGAAAAAAGUUUGGGACGAUACGAUGGUGAUGCAUAUCAAAUGAUUCAGUGGCAAAUUAUGGUUAAUAUCAUACAAGGACGAGAUUUUGCUGGAGUUGAUAUUAAUCCAUAUGUAUGUGUUCAAAUUGGUAAUCAAAAACGAUAUACAGGAGUACAUAAAUGUAAUAACUCACCAUUAUUUGGAGACUUCUUUACAUUUGAUUUCUCACUUCCAGCUACACAAAUGAUGGAGAAAGUGAUUUACUUCAAAGUUCAUCAUGCAAAAAAAAUAAUUAGUACCUUUACCGAUACAAAUCCAAUUGGCGUAUUUAAAGUUGAUGUAGCAACAGUAUACAAUGAAAAAGAUCAUGCAUUCGAACGGAAAUGGGCUCAAUUAGUUAAUCCAGAUUCUAUCAAAGCACCUUGUGGCCAUUUACUUGUUUCAGUUGGUAUUACACAACGUGGUUUUUCAACAAAAAAUAUUCUUGGUGAAUCAACACAAGAAGAUGACGAACUAAAACCAUCAAAAGAAUUUAUUCCAGCCUCUAUGCCUCGACGUCUUUUUCCUGUUCAAUUAAAAAUAACAUUUUUCACAGCAACUGAAUUACCCGAAAUGAUGACUGACUUUUUAGCAACUGUUUCAAAAAAGAUUCUUGCUGCUGAUGGUUGGGAACCAGUCGAUCCAUAUGUUGAAGUUACCUAUAAUGCAAUUCAGGCAACAACAGAGUAUUGUAAUGGCACAUCACCUGUUUGGGGUGAAGCACUUUAUUUAAUUGGGCAAUUUCCGCCACUUGUACGAACAAUAAAAGUAUCACUAAAAGAUCAUGCUACUGUUCAACAAGAUCGUACAAUAACAUCAUUUUUAAUUGACCUCUUUUCAAUUAGUGAAAGCAAUCCAUUAGCUGGCUUUUUACCAACAUUUGGUCCAACAUGGAUGUUUUUAUACGGAAAUUCAAGAGAAUAUACUAUUAAUAAAGAUCAUGAUGGUCUUGGCGAAGGAAUGGGAGAAGGUGUUUGCUAUAGAGGACGUUUACUUAUGGAAAUUGAAUGCCAUCCUAUAAGUGGUGAAUAUGCAUCGAAUAUGAAUGUACAAAAAGAAAGUGGAAUACAAUUUCCUGAAUCUUAUAUAUUUCCCAUGAAGCGUACAUUUAUUUUAUUUGGUUGUAUCUAUGAUGUAACAAUGAUUGAUAAAGCAUUUGGUAAUGCAAUAAUUUGUUUUGAAUUAAGUAUUGGAUCAAGUGGAUAUUUAAAUACAAAUCAGUUAGCGACUCAUCAAUCUGUUUCAUCAGUAACACGACCUUAUCCGCGUAUUCCAAUUGAUAAUAAUGCACGACAUUUUCGUUUACCUAUUGAUUUACAAAAACCAAUAAUAUUUACAAAAUACACGUUUCAUGAUUAUAGCUAUCGUAUGACUUUAUCAAAUCGAUUGAAACAUGCAGCUAAUGAUAUGCUUAAGUUAAUUCGAGACUUUGAGUUUAAUGUUAAUUCAAAAGUAUCAGAUGAAAUUCUCAUACAAAACUACCAAAAACUGGAAGAGUAUAUUCACACAUUACCUUGUGGAUGUAAUGAAUUAAACCCAACAUCUAAUAAUCCGGGUGUAACAGGAUCAAUUCAUCCUAGUCUGUCUGAAGUGUUAACUUUUCCAAAAUCAAAUAAUCGCAUGAAUACAUUAGAUGAAAAACGGCGAACCAGAAUUUUACAUAAUUUAGAAUCAUUGAAAAGUUGGAUUUCGAAAGCUUGCGAUUUUGACGAAGUAAAACGAUAUGAAAUAGUUAAAGAGCUAUAUAAAAUAGCUCGAACACUUCGUCAAUUAUCAAUUGAUGUACAACCAUCAUUACCUGAUGUAUUUUUAUGGAUGAUAUGUAAUUCAAAACGAGUAGCCUACGCUCGUUUUCAACCAGAAGAUCUUCUUUUUAGUGCAUGCCAAGGUGAACGAGGUGUAUAUAAUGGCCGAGUGCAAACACUCUUUCUUCAAACACCGCGUACAUCAGAUAAACCAAUAAAAUCAUCAACAAAUGCUAAAAUACAAAUCUAUCUUUGGCUUGGGACUGAAGAACAAGAACUAAAUAUAUUUAAACAACUACCUACUGGAUUUGAUAUGCCACCACUGCCGUUAACAAAUGACACAAAAUAUAUACGAUAUAAUGGAAGAUCUUUGUAUGAAUUACGAUGCCAUUGUUAUAAAGCAAGAUCGUUAAUUGCUUCGGAUGAAACAGGUUUCUCUGAUCCUUAUUUGAGUAUUACGGCUAGUAAUGAAACACAAACAACACCUAUUCUCAAAGAAUCAUUAUGUCCACAAUGGAAUAUAACAUUGGUUUUUAGAAAUUUGAUUCAUGUUGGAAGUCGAGAAACGGCUGAAGAAAUCAUUGGAAAUGUUGUUGUUGAAUGUUAUGACUAUGAUGAAACUGGCAAUGGACCAGAUCUCAUAGGACGUUUUUCGACAACAGCUAAACUUGAUCUAUUCAAUGAAGAAAUAUCAUCUAAUAGACCAUUAUUUCAAUGGUACGAAUUUAAAUUUGGUGAACGAAGAGCUGGAGAACUGUUAGCAUUAUUUGAACUAAAUGAAGUUAAUCCGGAAACUCUAAAAGUCGAAUCAGCAUAUGAUCUUGAAGAAAUUGCCAUUACGCCGGAAAAUUUUCCACCCAACUCACAUAUAACUAAGUUGAUGAAAAAUAAAAUUUAUGAUAUUCCCUAUAUAAUUAUGCCUGAUUUAAAAGCCUAUGAAAUAGAAGUUAUGUUUUGGGGUUUACGCGAAUGUCGCCCAAUUAACUUUCAAUCAAUUCAACAAGCUGAAGUAUCUAUUGAAUGUGCGGGUGCACGCAUAACUAAAAUCAUAAAAGAUGUACAAAAAAAUCCAAACUUUGAACCAACAUAUACCGACGCAGACAAGUACAAAAUUACAGUUAAUUUACCCGAAGAUAACAAUUUUUGGCCACAUUUAAGUAUAUGUUGUGUGCAACAUCGCCUUUUUGGAAUGAAAGAGCCCGUAGGUAACCUGGUCGUAACUGAUUUACAAAAAUAUCUUGAAAAAACAAAAGUUCUUUCGUCAGCAAACAAUGAAAUAGCGGCUGAUGCUAUCAAUGAACUUUCAAAAAGACUUCCGUAUGAAUUCAAUCGUGUUCGACGAUCGGUUAUUGAUGCUUACGAGGCCGUCUUAGCAAGUAAAGAUAGUGAAAUAGGAAAGAAAAAAUUAACAAUCUUCGAAAAUGAAGCAGACCAAACAAAAACGCUUGAUGAUAGUCAACAAACAAUUAUUAAUGCUGAUUCAUUGGAACAAGAAAUAGAGAAUGAAAUUGAUGAAAUAUCUAGAGAAAUGACAAAAUAUACAAAUGAUUCAGCUUUAGAUAAAUUAAAACAAAAUUCAAUGGAAAAGGCUGCUACAUGGUGGAGUAAAUAUUAUGCAUCAAAAGCGAAACUUAGAUUAGAGAAAAAAACAAGAAUCGAUUUAGAUGAUGAACUUCAAAAUAGUUAUAAUGUUUAUGCCGAUUUUUUUGAAGAUGAAUCAAAAGUUAUUCUUAAACAACGUGGCACAUUUUGGAGUAAAGCUAAAAAAGCAUUUAUGCGUGCUGGAAAAGCUCGUAAAGAAUUAAAAGAUUUAGCUGUCCACGGAAUUGAAAAUCUUGCAGAACACACAAAAUUUCAGUCUAAAUCAGCUAUUGAUGAAAGUUUAGAUAUUAUUGAAAUUGGUCGUCUUAAACAAUUGACAUUAUUACAAACAUUCGAUAUUAUUGAAACGGAAUUAGAAAAUGUUCAUGAUUAUGAAGGAUUUAAUGAUUGUCUUGAUAAAUUUCCUUUGUACAAAGGAAAAGGUACAAAUCGUUCAGAUGAAAUAGGUGAUGAAAAUCGUGUUUAUGCAAAAUUUAAGGGAAAACUUCGUAUUCGUCAAGUUACAUCAGAUGAGUUGUAUCGUGGAAUUUUAACUAAUUUAAAUAAAAUUCCUAAAAUAUGUGUUAAUCCAAUUUUACUCAAUGCUCCAAUUGAAGUAGAAAGAAAUAAAAAUAUCUAUUCAGGUAUUAGAACAAAUCAACAAAUGUUACAAUUUGAUUUUAAUCAAAACCCAAUUACACUUAAAUGUCGAUUAUAUAUUAUUAAAGCAUUAUUAUUCCGUGCUUGGGAUGCAUCAGGUAAAGCUGAUCCAUAUAUCAAAAUUUUACUGAAUAGAGACAUUAUUAUCGAUGAUGUUAAUUCAAGACUUUAUAAUACAUUAGAGCCUGUUUUUGGAAAAUCUUAUGAAUUCGAAGUAACAAUACCUCAACAAACACUAUUACGUAUCCAAAUUUGGGAUUGGGAUUUUGCUCGUUCAAAUGAUAGAAUUGCUGAAACAAGUAUUGAUAUUGAAAAUCGCUGGUUUUCAUGUCAUAGAGCAACAUGUGGUUUACAAAAACGAUACGACAGUGCUGGCUAUAAUGCUUGGCGGGAUACAAAAAAACCACUAAUUAUUUUAACGGAACUAUGUCGAACAACAAAUUUAAAUUUGCCAGUUUAUUCAACAGAUUUUCGUUCAUUAGCUAUUCGUGAUAUACGUUUCAAUUGUGAUCCUGAAUGUAUCGAGUUCGUUACAGGUGGAACAUCAAGUGAGAUGUCACAUCGUAAAGUUUAUCAUGAAUCACCUGAAGAAUAUAUCCGACAAAACACUGCAUUAGCUGCACUUCAUGCAUGGGGAAGAAAAAUUAAUCCAGAAGGUGCUCUAGUAUCUGAACAUAUUGAAUGUCGAUCAAUUUUCAAUCCGAAUUUCCCUGAUAUUGAGCAAGGGAAAUUAGAGAUGUGGUUAGAUAUAUUUCCAAUGUCUCGACCACCAUCAAGUGCACCAGUUGAUAUAACACCAUUGAAACCAAUGCCUUUUCAAUUACGUUUAACUAUUUUGAAUACAACAGAUGUUGAAUUAAAUGAUGAAAAUUUUGUUACAGGAGAAAAAACAUCGGAUAUUUAUGUAAAAGCAUGGGUUUUAGGAGAAAAAGAUGAUGGACAACAAACAGAUGUUCAUUAUCGAUCAUUAACAGGCGAAGGCAAUUUUAAUUGGCGAUUUAUUUUUGAUUUUAAUUAUAUAGAUAUUGAAGAAAAAAUCGUUCACGAAAAAAAAGAUUCUGUUUUUCAAAUUGGAAAUACAUUGAAAAAAUUUCCACCAAGAAUUGUUAUUCGAGUCUAUGAUGCCGAUCUUUUUUCAGCCGAUGACUUUCUCGGAGAAUGCAUUCUCAAUAUGACGCAUUUACCAAUCGGUGCUAAAACAUCGAAUAAAUGCAAAGCUGAUAUUCUACUUGAUUCAAAGCAUCGAGCAUUCAAUUUAUUUGUAAACAAACGGAUUGCUGGUUGGUGGCCAAUGAUUGCUCCAUUGAAAUUUGGAGAAAUUCGUGACACAACUCUGUUAGGAGGUAAAAUUGAAGCUGAAUUUACUCUUCUUACAGCUGAAGAAGCUGAAAAAAGUCCUGUUGGAAAAGCACGCGAAGGACCACAACCACUUGAUGAACCUAAUCGUCCGAAAACUUCAUUUCUGUGGUUUACAUCACCAUGGAAAACAUUUCGAUAUGUUAUUUGGUUUAAUUUUAAAUGGACAAUAAUUAUUAGUCUCAUAAUAUUUAUUUUUGUUGUCUUUCUUUUACUGGGACUUUGGUCAUUGCCAGGAGAAUUCAUUCGACAAAUAUCAAGCAAAGUUUUUAAUACUAAUGGCGGCAAAAAAUAA